GGCCGAGCGGCCCCGGUGUCCGUGCCGUGCGCGCUUACUCCGCUAGUCCGCUGUGUAUUCGCGCGUGUAUGUAUGCACGCGCACGCGCGCGCGCGCGUAUAUCAGUGCGGAGAGCGUACGUCGGUGUAUACGCGAGUGUACGCGAGAGAGUCGGUGCGCCUCUCGGCCGUCCGUGGGCACAAAUCGCGAGUAAAAUGGAAGCGGAAUUUCGCUGCGAGGUCGAGGUCCGUCGUUGAAAACAGGUGAACAUGGGAAGGUCCAAGUUUCCCGGGAAGCCGCCGAAGACGGCCACCAGGAAACGGAUCAAGGUGCUGGGCCAGCCUGAGGCAGCGCAGAACGAUCCGGUAACUGUCGCCGAGAACAUCUACUACGGACUUUCCCUGUUCAACAAAACAUUCGGCGACAACGAGAAGGAACAUCCACCAUUCCACGGAUUUAGCACUAAAGAGGCUAAUCUUUCUGCAUCUUACAUAAAAACCCAACAGCAACACGAUGCAGAGAAGACCAGCGAUAAAUUGCAGUGUGUCACAGUCGAAAAUCUUGCACCACAGUCCAGCACGACGAAGAAGGAUGUUACUGUUGUUAAAAAUUCCCCUACAGACAUCGAAAACAGCACAGAGAAGUUUAUCUCCGACACAAAUUCAAAACCAGUCAAAAAUAUCACAGAAUCAGUUACUACAAACUCGAACACUAAACAUAUUCCAAAGAUUCACAGAGCUAAAAAUCGUAAGAAUUGUAAAAACAUUAAAUUUCCGAAUUAUUUGAAGAACCCGGUGCUAAAAUCAGUGAACAACAUCUUGGAUCAGCAUCAGAGAACCAGACAGUUACGUAACAGUACUGCAAAAAGAUUACUUCAAAGGGCGAAAUCUAAUGGAAGUAAUACACGUAAUUUGGUGGUGCAAUCCGGAGAGAAGCCUAGCACAGUGAGAAAAUUUGUUUUACCUGUUCGUAGCGUGCAUUCGUCGAGAGUUAUAAAGCCAAAUAAAAGAUUUAUCGAGGAAUUGGAAGAAGUUUCUAAUACGGAGCAUAGCGAAAACGAAAUUGGUGUACAUGUCAAAAGGACUAAAUUAAAUUCAGAUAAGCUUAGCAACUCGGAAUCAAAAUUGAAGGAGGAUGCAGUUAAUAAGUUAUGUACAAAAUUUAAAGAUAAAGAUGCGAGGAACAAGCCAAAAAGAGUGAUUCAGAGUGUAGACGGCAAUGUCGAAAUUAUAAGUCGGCCGGUAAAAAAUACGGAGAAAUCAGCAAAUUCUAUACAAAACGCACAAAUAUCAAAACCCACUCUUAGAGAAGUAAAGAAAUCUCAUACUAUAUCGUGUAAAACUAAAGUAUCAAACAGCACAUUUGACAGCUCUAAUUAUAAUCAAGAAUGCUCGCAAAACUCGAGCAAGACGGCACAAACUGUGAAAUCAAUUAUUCCCAGAAAUCAGAAACAGAUUUCUAUUCCUACAAAAGUUCUUCCCGAUUCCAAUGUUCCACACUUCGAGUCUUCCAGAGUUCAGACGAGAUCAGGAACUCAAAAUGAAGUAGCAAGCGAUUCAAGUAAUCAGGCGAGCUUUGAGAGUGGUGCAGGAUUUACGGAAAGUGGCUGUGCAGAAACUGAGGUUCAAGCACCUGAAAGUGGCAAUAAGACUGUCGUUAGUACAUUGAACAAUUUUGAGACAGAAAACAAUUUAUCUGAAAGCGAAAGCGAGCACAGUAAUCACUCAGAAAACGAGCAAUCUGAAUUUAGCGGAAUGAAACUCAAUGGUGGAAAAGUUAUAUUAAGAAAAGCAAGAUUAAAAUUGGAUAACAAGGGCUUAGCUGGAACAGAAGGACCAUUUUCAACGACGAGCACCAGUAACGCUAUGGGAGGAAGCACUAAUUUAGGAUUAACAGGAACUAUAAAAUGCGGUGUUUGCGGCGCAGUGCGAUUUUAUCGAUUCGUGAAACAGGCGCGCAAGUUUGGCAUUCACAGUUGCGAAUCUUGCCGAAAAUUUAUAAGCAAAAUGAUCAAACAUCAAGCUUGCGCUAAAUCGUCAAACAAUGUUCUUCCUAUCCUUCAGUGUCAUAAAGGCGACGGCCUGUGUUUAGUUCCGCCCGUUGUGAGGAGUCAACAAUGGAAUCUCAUGAGAUGCGUUUAUAAAGCCAGAUGCCCGGCGUGUUGGUUGAAAAUGUGUUUGAAAUGCUAUAACAUUCCACCCGCCUUGAGGACAGGUUUAAACGCGUUGUUACCACCAUUGAUGAGAGACCCCUUAAGCAUUACUUUGCCACUCGGUCAAGACGAAGAUGGCCAAGGGCAAAAGUUGGGUUCGUCUAAACUAAGCUGGCCUGCGGAAGACAGCUCAGAAAGAAAUUUGUUCAAGUCUGCCAUGAGUUGGAAAAAUUUUGAAAUGGGUCAGAAGACGAGUUGUCAGGGUACAGCAGGCUUUCUCUAUACAAAAAUUGACAAAUUCGAUUCCUCGAUGAGUAUAUCACCUAACAAAAAACGGAGGAAAAAUAAUAGAAUUAAAGUAAGAAAGAAAAUUAAAAGUCCAGUGUUAGUCUCUCCGACCAGUAACCAACAUUCGCAACCUCUUCGACAAAGACUCGAGUUGAAAGGCCCGAGGGUUAAGCACGUUUGUCGAAGUGCCAGUGUCGCACUUGGGCAACCCAUUGCAACGUUUCCCACUGCAGAUGCGAAAGAAGACAACGAAGCCAGCAAAAACAUUCCAAAGACGGUGAAAGAAACCGAGAGAGUGGAGAAGAGGGACGAUGUUACGAAAGAGAAGGAAAUACAGAAGCAUAAUGAAGAUAAUUUAAAUCUUAACGUUAAUACGGUACAACAAUCUCAUUCGAGAAGAGGAAAACCGCAACAGAAUGUGUCAACGUCGCAUUUUCCAGUGGUAUCUAAGGCAACUAUGGAUCCCAUACAUACAGUUUCCAUAGAUUUCUGGGAGCAAUACGAUCCUUCUGAAGUCGGAGCGAAGGGGUUUGCUCUUAUUGGUUCUGAGCUAUUUCACAUACCUGCUAUUUGCUAUCUUUGCGGAAGCGCUGGUAAAGAGCCGCUGAUCCACUGUCAAUGCUGUUGCGAGCCAUACCAUGCCUUCUGUUUGGAACCCAGUGAAUGGAAUGCUUGUGCACAGCCAAACUGGUGUUGUCCUCGGUGUACGAUAUGUCAGUCCUGCCAUCUCAGAUCCGGCCCGAAAUUAUCCUGCAUUCGUUGUCGUCAGUCGUUUCAUCAUUCGUGUUUGUCAAAGUCCGGUAUUAGUUCCAGAUUGUACAGUCCCGAUCGACCUUACGUUUGUCAGAGUUGUAUUAAAUGUAAAAGCUGUGGUAGCGAGGGCGUCAAUGUUCACGUUGGUAAUUUACCUCUCUGCUCUAUGUGCUUUAAGUUAAGGCAACAAGGAAAUUAUUGUCCUUUGUGUCAAAGAUGUUACAACGAAAACGAUUUUGACACGAAGAUGAUGGAAUGUAACGAGUGUUCCUGCUGGGUACAUGCCCGUUGUGAAGGCCUUUCUGAUGAGCGUUAUCAGAUACUUAGUUACCUGCCCGAUUCAAUUGAAUUCACGUGCAGUCAGUGCUCUUCCAAUUCGACAUCCUCCAUCUGGAGGAAUGCCAUAGAAGCAGAGCUGAAGGCGGGUUUUAUCAGCGUAAUAAAAGCUCUGAGUAAAAACCGCAAAGUUUGUACCGCUCUGAAAUGGAGCCCCAGGAAGGAAUGCCUGUGCAGGCCACCUGCGAGCGUAAGAAAACUCGAGUUUCCUGAAGACAAGAGCGAAACGAAUACAAAAGAUAAUGAGGAAUUAGAAGAGUGCAAUGGUGAUAAAUUCGUGGAUACUGAUUCGAGUUCGGGUAGCAAUGUCAAGGAUGGUAUAAAUAAGCCCGAUUUAGAGGAACAUUCAGUGGAUGGUCCUGGUAAAAAAGGUUUGCGACGAUUACGACAAAAAUUUCAUCUAAGAGAAUGUUCGGUUAGGGUGAAAAACUGUAUUCCGAAGGACUCUCAAGACAACGAGAGAAAAGACUGGACAAACCAGGACUCGUUAAUUUCUUCGAACGAAAUCACGGAAUGCCACUGUUCCGAACAACAAAUCAUCGCGAGGCCCUCGCCUACUUUAAUGUCUGUGAAACGUAGGGUGAACGGUAACGAGUACAAAUCGCUGUCGCAAUUUCAUUGUGACAUGGAACACGUAAUCAAUCGCGUCGGUUCGAAAGAUCUUAUAGAAAAGUAUCACGAUAUUCUACAAGAGGUCUUUCCAUGGUUUACUCCGAAAAAUUUCAAGAGCAGUGACGACAACGACGAUACGUUAUCGCCUACUAAAGAUGUUGACAAAGACCCCGCUUUGUCGAUAAAGUUUGACGAUUCUAUUUUGGAAGCUUGGAAAGAGGAGGUGAUGAAAGCGCCGAAAGCAAUUGCAGCGAAAACAGCGAAUCUGUAUAAUAUUCACGUCGAAGAUAGCAGGUCAUGUUGCUUGUGCAAGGGUUUGGGCGACGGACAUGAGACGAAAGAGGGCAGACUGCUUUAUUGUGGACAGAACGAAUGGGUACACGCGAAUUGCGCGCUAUGGUCAAAUGAGGUAUUUGAGGAAAUCGACGGCUCAUUGCAGAAUGUUCACAGUGCCAUUUCGAGGGGUCGUUUGAUCCGCUGCUCCGAAUGCGGUAAGAAGGGCGCAAGCGUUGGAUGUUGCGCGAAAAACUGUAGCAGUACCUUUCACUUUCCAUGUGCAAGGAACGUUAGGCUUGCUUUUAAUGAUGACAAAACGGUAUUUUGCGACUCGCAUUCCAACAGCCACACUUGUAAGUCUCUACAAAACGAGAAUGAAUUUAGUUUGAAGCGAUCGGUAUACGUAGAGUUGGAUCGUAAGAAGAAAAAGUUUGCCGAACCCAACAAGGUCAAGCUAAUGAUAGGCUCUUUGAUGGUCGACUGUCUGGGUACCAUCAUUCCGGAAUUCUCUGAUACGGCUGAGAAGAUAAUACCAUGCGAUUACAAAUGCUCCAGGCUUUAUUGGUCCACAGUGAAUCCUUACAAGAUCGUGAGAUAUUAUAUUAGGACUUAUGUGCAGGUAUAUAUGCCGGAUGUCUCAUCCGACAUGGAGAAUAAUAUUACUAUUGAUCACAGCAAAGAGCAGGAAAAGGAAGAAGCGUCGAUAGAUGCGCAGAGAGUCGACUAUUUGGCCAUAAAACAGACUCUAGAUACGCUCAUCGAUAUCGUGUGCAACAAAGAGGUCGAUGAGAAUUUAGUGGAGCAGAACAACACUGAUCUUUUACCACCGGAACUAAAGGAAGCCAUAUUUGAGGAUUUGCCACACGAUCUGUUAGAUGGAAUCUCCAUGCAGGACAUUUUUCCAAAGAUGUCGUACGAGGAUUUUUUAACCAUGGAUUUAAAGAACGACAGUUCUUUCAGUACGGAUUUGUUUAAAGAUGACAUGUUAUCAUCGGAAGUCGAAGAGACGAUAAAGCCGACGGAAAAUAAAAUCUCUAAAAUGGAUUCAUCUUUGCUAGAACUGGGAACACAUAAUGACCUUUGGGUACGGUUGGAUACAAAGACCGCGGUGCAGGAUCUUAUGGAUGACUUGUUUAACUCAAAGAGCCAGAAACGUGGCGGCAGGGAACUGAAAAGGUCCAAAUCUGAAGUGAUGUCAAAUAAUCCCCUGAUCGUCGGUGGUCAGAGGCAUCAUCAACGCUCCUGUAGCCUUACCUGGAGCUGCAAACUAGAUAAUACCUAUGGUUCUAACUUAAAGAGGCGAAAAUUGCCUCGAAAUCCAUCUAGCACCAAGUCCAGCGAGGCCGGCCUGAUUGUUCUUGAUGCGCAAAACGAACGUACGUCGAUGUUUCAUGAAUUGAGGCUCCCGGAGAGUAUUAUGGUCACUGUAGGAAGAGGAAACACGUCUAAUAUACUAUCCGACUCUGUGCGUGAAUUCAAGUAUUGCAUUGAGGAUUCUGCUGGACUGAAUCGCCGCGCGUUACCAGCCAGGGAUGACGCGAAAGAGCACAAGAGACUGCUUUGGCAUCCGAGACAGCAGCAACCGCGAAUAGUGCAAGUCGAUGGAUCGGCUGACGCUAAUAGCGCCAGCGAAUGCAGUUCACCAGAAUACAACACCGAGGAGAAAAACUCGAAUCUUCAAACAUCCAAAUCAUUAUCAAUUCCGCAAUUGGACGGUAUUAAUGACGAGCACUCGUCUGACACAAGUGAGUCGAGCGCGGAGAAAGAACUUUGCCCGUACGCGCGGUCUUCGAAUCUUUUACAUUCGAAACGCAUCUUUGAUUUUAUCAGGUCGCAUGUAUCAAGUAACUGUGAUAAGUCGCAGAAGAUGAAGAAUGGCAGUGGUAAUUCCAUGGCCACACCAAUCGCCAGAUGCAGCUCUGUGCACAAGACGGGAGUUUUGUUCAAAGAGAAGAAUCUCAAGAUGAAUCUGCAGAUCCCGCAGGUGGAUGGCGCAGGCGAUGUAUCGAGCGACGACGAGUGCGUCUCGUCACAGCACUUAAUGACGCAUGAGAGACUGAUUCAUACCUCGUACGAAUCGUCGUCUUUUGAACACAUUGAUGUCACCUGCAAGAGGUGUCGCAGCACAUACCGCACCGAGGAAAGUUACAAUCGUCAUCUGGCUAACUGCGAUACCAUGAUAACUAGCGAUAGCGAUUCAGAAACCAUGGACAACAAGCUCACAUCGCCAGAAUCAGGGUUUUCGCCAAAUAUGCGUUCAGGAUCUCCGCAGUUUAUUACACUUUCGCCGUCCGAGGGUCACACACUGACGACUGAUUAUACGGAUAUCCAGGCGACUUCACCUAUCGAGGCGUCCGUGGCAUCGCCUCACCCAUCCAGUAUCCAAAUCGAACCAAUUGCUCAGGCAAUCAUUACGCCGCAGAUCCAUGCGACACAUGCCACUGUUGAGACCGUACACCAGACAGUAUUAACGUCCAACGAUGUGAUCGUACAGACUCAGUACACCCGCAGGACUACCACCUUGCCGAAUCCAACAGUAUUACCUCCUCAGGAAAGCACGGUGCAGAUAACGGAGAUCACAGACUCGCCGUCCGUCUCCAAUGACUCUAACGUUACCGGACACAGCGUAGUGAACACGCCAAUGAACUCGCCAGAUAGCACGAGUUCGCAGACCGUCCCAAGCCCGGAGAUGUCGCCCAAUUUCUCAACCAUGGUCGUACAGAACGCGCAUGAGCCUGCGCAGACGAAUGCACAGAUCACCCGAGUUUCCUCCAAGUCAACGAAAAAUUUACGAGUGACCAAGCCUAAGACUAAGAACAUCAAGUCGCAGCAGCAGGUUCUGAAAAAUGUGAUGCAAACGCCGCACAAUGCCACGCACAAUGCCAGAUUCCAACCGACGGCGAUGACGAAUGCCGGUCCACCAGUAAUCCAACUACAUCAGACCACCCAGAGACCGCCUACAGUGAUCCUUCAACAAGUGGCGUCGCCAGGCAUCAUGUCUGCUUACGUGGAAGCACUACAGCAGCAAUCCGGUCAAAAUUUACAAUACAUCACGACGAUAGGUGGACAGCACGAAACGGGCUUUAAACCGCAGCUGAUCACCGCAAAUCCUUUGGUACCGGGGACUUACAUACAGACACCGUCACCCGACAAUCUGCUGACGCUGCAGAACGGUGGUAUAUCGAUAUUGCCGAGCGUGCAGAUCGCGCAAACACAGCCUACAGUAUUGGGUACUAUCAUACAGCAACAACCUAGUGCGAUUCAAUGUGGCGUCAUAUCGUCAGAGCAACUGCUGUUGAGCUCCACGCCCACUCUAGAAAUGUUCACCGAUCCAACCGGUGGUAUGUUCGUGUCAAAUCAACCGAUGUACUACGGUCUGGAGACGAUUGUCAGCAAUACCGUGAUGUCAUCUAGCCAGUUCAUGGCAGGCACCGUACCUCAAGUGUUGGCCAGUAGCUACCAAACGACAACACAAGUGUUUCAAGCGUCUAAGCUGAUGGAGCCCAUCGUGGAUGUACAAGCUGUGCCAGGCGUACCUACUGUAACAACGAUGCAAAAUGUAUCGAGUAUACCGAACAUGUCUGGGGUGCCUAACAUAGCAGGCGUGCCUAAUCUAGCGAGUGUGCAGGGCGUGAGUGGCAUGCCCAACGUGCCUGGAGUGCCUUAUGUGGUGGUGAAUCAAUCGGCACCGCCGCUGCCACCAGUACCAGCAACUGCUCCAGCACCGCCACCACCGGCACCAACAAUGGCAUCGGCGUCGAUACCGCCGCCAGCACCGGCAUCGAUACCAACACCCGCACCGAUACCGACACCCGUAUCGAUACCAGCACCAGCAUCAAUACCGGCACCAGCAUCAAUAUCAGCACCAACGCUAAUGGAACCAAUCGCGACAUCGCCACAGAUCAACAUUUCUACCAUGUCCCAGGAACAACAGGUUUACGGUGGCGUCGCGUGUAACGCCGUGUCACCAGUACCAUGUGGUCAAAAUGCUAUGGAACAUCCAAUGGUGUCGAUUCAGGUGGCAGACAUAUGUUCGUCGAACGCGCCGUCGGCGAGUGUGAUGACGCCGACGAAACUAUCACCGUCGAUACCAUUUCCGUCGCCGCCGGCACUGGCACCAGCACCAAUAUCGGCACUGCAGGCACCAGCACCGCUACCGCUACCACCACCACCUCCACCUUCUCAUGUGAUGUCGACAAUACCUCGCGUUGCAGUGAGACCCAGUCCCGUUGCGCAUUCAGUCCAGACAAAUCACGGAGCCACUUGGAAAAUCACCGAACCAUUAUUCGGUGCGGAACAACCCAUAAGUAACAGUGUGCGGCCGUACUUUGACUCGAAACACGUAUCGGAAAACACUAGUAUGAUCAAAUCCAGCAUAUCAUCAUCAAAAAUACCGCCUCUAUCGAAUCAUUAUGUCGCGCAAAGGAAUCUAGUUGUAAAUAGUUGUAAGUUAAGUCAUGAUGUAAAUAGCAUGCAAAAGAGCUACAACGGUACCCCAUUGAAUUCAAACUCUAUUGUAAGUACGAGCGUCAAUAAUAACAACCCGGUUGUCGUCUCCAAUUCCAACUCCGUGCAAAACAAAAUCACCAUGCCUACAAUGAACAAUAUGCCGACUAGCCGACCGAUGAACAGGGUAUUGCCGAUGCAGGCAGUGACGCUCAAGCAGGAUCUGGUAAAGAAAGAUGACUUGGUGAUUGAAGAGCCAAUGAAACCAAUAAUCAAGCCGGCUGAACCGGAAAUUGUGGAAUCGAAAAAGGAAAUCACCGAACAAAUUGAGCAGAUAAAACCUGAAACCACGCUCAACAAUAUCAGUGAUAACAUCAAGCUGAAUACAGAGACUAUAGAAAAGGUAAAGGAGAAUCUCAAACUGGAGCUCGACAAGGAAAAGUUACAAAAUACGUCGUUGAAGAUUGUGCUGCAGAAGCAAUUACAAGAUGGCUCCUACAAGAUCACGCGCAACAUGAAGGCGGUCACCCAAAGCAAAAAGACUCCGCAAGUGACAUCCGUAGAGAUAUUACCAUCGAAGCAAGUGCCUCAGAUCGCGUCGUUACAACUGUUGCCGAUCAAAACGUUCACGCUUAAGGCAAACACGCUCGAGGACAAAAUGAAACCCGUGGAUGCGAAGAUGAACGUAUUCAAAGCAAAGGCACCACCUGUAGCUGUCAAGAAACCCAGAAUAGUAACGAAAUCGAUCAAACCGUUGCGGAACAGUCCACAGCAAAAUCCGCCGCAAAUGCAGAAGAGCUGCUCAAAGGGACCGAUCCUGAUGUACGAAAUAAAAUCACAGGAUGGCUUCACCCACACCGCCUCGUCCAUGUCCGAGGUCUGGGAGACUGUGUACGAGGCGGUGCAGAAAGCACGCAAGGCCCACAAUCUGCCUCCUCUGCCUCAUAACCCCUUGUCCGAAGGUCUUGGCUUGGAAAAUAAUGCGGCCAUUUACCUGAUCGAGCAAUUGCCAGGCGUCAAUAGAUGCAGCACGUAUAAGCCCAAAUUCCAUACUCUGACGCCGCCGAAACCUGAUGAAAUAGAGAACGAGUUGCCGGCGGCGUGCAUCAAUGGAGCAGCACGAGCAAUGCCCUUCAAGGGCAGGAAAGUGCACGAUAUGUUUAGCUGGUUGGCGUCGCAGCACAGGCCACAUCCCAACAUAAUUGCAAUGUCGGAAACGGAAUCUAGGCGAGCCGCGAGUACCAAUUUGCCUAUGGCAAUGCGCUUUAGAAUACUUAAGGAAACAUCAAAAGCAUCUGUUGGUGUAUAUUAUUCCCAUAUUCAUGGUAGAGGACUGUUUUGUUUGAGAGAUAUUGAGCCUGGUGAGAUGGUCAUUGAAUACGCUGGUGAAGUCAUUCGAUCUUCCUUGACUGACAAAAGAGAAAAAUACUAUGACAGCAAGAACAUAGGCUGUUAUAUGUUUAAAAUUGACGAUCAUCUGGUUGUUGAUGCUACUAUGAAAGGGAAUGCAGCUAGAUUUAUCAAUCAUUCGUGCGAGCCAAACUGCUACUCGCGAGUGGUGGACAUUUUAGGUAAGAAACACAUACUGAUUUUUGCUCUUCGUCGCAUCAUUCAAGGGGAGGAGUUAACGUAUGACUACAAAUUCCCAUUCGAAGAUAUCAAGAUCCCAUGUACUUGCGGUUCUCGCAAAUGUCGCAAAUACCUCAACUGAGACUGCGUAUAUACAGCUUAUCCUAAGCAACCGACCGAUGACAAAGAAGUAAAUUAUGUGCUAUAAUUGCGCGCGCUUUCGAAUAGAAUUCGUUUUAUUGAAUGUUAUUCAUUUUACUCAUCAAACUAUUUUCAGAGAUUGCAGCUUUUUAUUACUAUAAAACAACAUAGAUUAUACAUUUUAAAUAUUAGAAGGCCAGACGUAAUACGCGAAACACGGCGAUUACGACGACAGUUACUUUAGACAGCUACGUUCCUGUAGUUGAUUUAACGGGGAGGGGGGCGGGGGGAGUGGGUAUAUGUACACGUAUACCUAUAGCAAUAAACCAUUCGAGUAUGUCCUGCUUUCGUAUCCGACAAAGUCGUGCGUUUUACUAACGCGCUUCAGACUUUUGAAAGUGUUACUUUAUUCACGCCUGUGCUUUCUCGCACGACUUUUAGACUCUAUCUAUUAUCUACUAUUGAGGCUUAAGUGUACAAGUUAUCUUACACUUUACACUAAAUGCGAGUGCUCUUUAGUUCGCAUAAUUUCAUUAUAAAUACAGAUCUCUUAAUGCUUUGAUCGGAUUUGAAAACACUCUUCCCCUUAGACGAGCGUAUUGUAAUGACAAAAAUAAAAAAUGAUACCGAGUACAUUGAGAAUACUAUGAGAAAACCGCGAGUUUUGACGAUAAUCGCAGUUUUUAGAAAACCACUUAUGUUUCUUUUGAAUGUCACAAGAUAAAAGUAACAUAAGCAUGGUGUACAAAUAAUCUUAUCAAGUGCGUGAACAUAAAAUGCGCGAUAACUGUAUAUUUAAACGAUUUAUGUAAAUUUUAAAUUUAGUGUACAGUGUACGACUAACUUUGUGACAUUUCAUGUCUGCUGUAGGGCCAGAUUUCAAAUGUUUUUGUAAAAUAUGUAAUUGUUAGACUAGAUAUAUCGUCUUUGAUGUAAGUACAGCAAACCAGUUUUAACUUAAGUUAGGAAUGUAGGCAUUAAGGAGAGAGAGAUAGAGAAUGGCAAGCGAGAACAGUCUCCUGUAGCAGGAUAUUGUUCGAAGGUAUACCUACUUUGGCAGACAUUGAUACAAUUUUACGUAUUAUUACGUAUUAUUACGGCAUCAUUGACGAGAUAAUUGAUUUUCAAAAUCAAGCUAUUUAUUUAUAUUUGUGAAAAUGAAUAAUACGAAUUUGAUAUAAUUUGCCUUUUUCCCCUUUUUGUACAUUUUUUUUAGAUGUCGCAUCUAUAUUUGUGCUUCCAUCUUGCCAAGAUCAUAUUUACAUCGAGUUUAUUGUCCGAAUUUUAUUAUCUGAAUGACAUAUGAGAUAUAACAUUUUGUUUGACAACUAUUUAAAAACACUAACAGUUUUUAAAAUAAUAUCUAUUUAAAAAUUUCUAUCGCGAAAAAUCAGUUUGUUCGUUUAACCCGGUGAAGAUUUAUGCAUUGUUUGAGAUAAACGUCUCCGGGUACGUCCCCGGCAAACGUUUGUGAUAUUUUCCCAUAAUGGGAAAGAUAUAUUAGAGAUGCUUUUAUAGGAAUAUAUAUUUUACAUUUUAACGGAUAUAUAUACAUAUAUACAUAUAUAUCAUGUAUUCCGUACCAAUACCCUUCUGUGAAGUCCAGUUUUGCCUUACUUUUACAUGUACCUACGCUUUCACCCGGUGAUAGAUUUAGAUAUAUAUUUACGCAAAUGAUAUUUUAUAUUUGGAACUAACACAACCGCAACGGCGCGGCACAACGCCCGCCCAUACAACUACGACAACGUAUUUUAGCGCGAUUAAUCAAUUUCUGCCGAGGUGGUAGUCCCUUAAAUUUUGGUGCUCCAUGGACACCGUUAAGUGCACUUUUCAUGAAAAAAUGGCCUAGAGUAAGAGAUAGUAAAGUUGCAGUGCGGAAGUGUUUGAUAAUAAUAAGAAAUGCGUUAUACGAAGAAUAUUGAUCGUGAAUUAUUUAAAGAGGUAAUAUAAAGAGGUGAAAUGGUGGCAGGAGCGCAUUAUUUGAGCACGCGAAUAAUGUCAAGACGUGCUGCGAUUUUAAUCGGCCUGGUUUGGUACAAAGCGCGUACGCUGAGUUGUAAAAAGUUAUAAAAACGAGGGAAACUUGUUCUGGUCACGUGAAAUUGCCAUUUUUUAGAUAUUUUGUGAAUCUUUUUUUUUUUUAAAUAUUAUAAUUAUGGAUAAUUAAUAAUUAUUAUAUUCGAGGAUGAAUAUUGUUAAUAUAAUGAUAAUUAAUUUUAAUCUGUACAUGGAAAAUAAUACGACUAGUAAGGAUGGUAACUUACUUGAAAAUAUAACAAUGUUAGAUAUUUUAUUGAUAUUUAUUGAUUAUGAAUGAGAUGGUAUUAGGGUUGACGAAAAAAUAUUAACGUAAAGUGAACGAUUUAGGACCGGUGCACAUAUAUGGUAGUCGCAUUGAUUGACGCGGAUACAAGGAUCAGAUCCUUUCUUUUUUUCUAGCAAACAAGUAGGCAAGCAUGUAUCUUUAAUUCAAUUACAGCCUCCUGAUCAUUACGCUACGGAUGUCAGAAUUAUAUAAUUUAAAUUUUACAAAAUGUAUACUCUAUAGGCAUGCAUACCAUGUAAUCCGAUUUUUACAUUGCUAUAUAUUAUGAUUAUAAGCUAUAGGCUAUUUACCAUCAUUUGAUUUCAUUUCUACACUCACGAAUAGAUUUUAAAUUCUCAAUACAUUGUUUUCUUUUUUUUUUUUCGCAUUAUUUGUAUCAUUGACGACUUCUGUAAAGUACCCAUACGAGUACUUCGGCAAAAAAGUAUGGAACUGUUUGAGCGUGUAUUUGUAGCGGGACAUGAAAAGUGUGAGAAGAGAGAGAGAGAGAUUUUUACUUGUCUCCUGAUAAUCUUUGCCUGAUGAAUAUAGACAAAUAUCUAUCGGGUGCUUUCUGGAACAUACUCUGUGUCUUUUUCGACUCUUUAAACUGCGUGAAAAGGGCGUAUGACCCUCCUUAGUAUUACGCAUAUAGCUUUCAUUAUUAUUAUUAUUAUUAUUAUUAUCGCUAUUAAUUAUAAUCUAUACACACAUAAAAAAGGAGAAAGAGAAAACAUAAUACAUCACUACUCAAGUCACUCGUAUAUUUGGGCACAUUAAGCACCGUUUGUUUACUAUACCCAUCAGCACCUUUCAAAAAUAACGCUGCGUGUAAAAAGAACGACGAACAUCCAAAGUACGGUACGAUGAAUAAACGUGUAGUCUAACAAUUAAAGGAAAAAUGAUACUAAUGUAUAGAUGUAAUAAGUAGAUUGUUUCUCUCCGACUUUUACGCGUGUUUUAUCUCUCGACAAGCGGACUCGCUCUGAACGACGAUUCAAGCGGACGUAGCGUUUAAAAUUGCGAGUGAUUAAAUUAUUUCGCGGAAACGAUGAGCAUGCGAUACAUAUUAUCGUACUAUCGCGACACGACACGGUUUCGGUACAUCGUCACGCUACGUGCGAUCUCAACCGGAAAUUUCGUCUUUUUCAUCGCGCUAUUUAGAUAUCUUUUUUCGAGAUAAAAGGAUAAAGGAUAAGCUGAGAAAAUUAAAAUAUUCUUACGAUUUAAGAAAUUAGAAGAGAAAGGGGAGAAAAAUUGAAAUAUAAAACGCUUCUUAAGACGUGUAUAAAACUACUAUUCUAAUGUUUAAACAGAGUGUAGAAUUUUGAAAUAUUAUACUUGUUUAAAAGAAAAGUGAGAAGGAAGAUAAAUAACAAUUACUGAUAAACUUCGACGGUAUGAAAGGGAAAAAGAAAAAUUGAAAAAAUUGUCUGUGAUUAUCAGUCAUAAUAAUCUUUAGGUCGACAUAUUUUUUAGAGAAUAUUUUUUAGGAAAUUACAAAAUUUAUGAUAUAUCCCUAUUAUUGAUAUGAUAUUGGAUCAGACACGCGCUAUACGCAUAAUAAUAUUAAAAGUGAAAUUGAGUGAAAAAAAAGAAAGAAUGAUGAACUGUAAAAGUUGCAAACUGUUUAAAUAGAGUUACAAAUAGUUGAGAUUCGAUGGCUGUUGUAAAAUAUUCAGUGUUUGGACAAAUAAUUAUUAAAAAAAAACUAUUUAUAACUAAUAUCGAACGUACGGUAAUAUUAUUAUAUCGCAUAUUACAGUAGCGUUUUUAUCCCUUCUUGCGUUUACAUAUUUAUGACAGACAUAGGUUGUAGAAAGAAAGAGAAUUUCGGUAAAUGAAGCCCGACCGAGCAAAACUGGUGAUUAAAUGAAUGCGAUUAAUUAAACGAACAAAAUUGAGAAAACCAAUGGGCGGAAAGGGGGAAAGGGGACAACGAUGGGAGGAACAGGGGGCAUUUGCCACACGUUUUUUGCGUGUAAAUUGUCGUUAUCAAUCCAUCUACUUAUCGUAGAGAACUUAUGAAGUUUAAUCGUAAUAUCUACAUUAACCA